CAUUACUCUUUAACCUGUCGACCUACGCUGGUUAAACCCGUCAUUCUGCCUCCAAAAUGCCGAAAAACUGUGUUGUUUUUGGUUGUGCUAACCACAACUGGAAACAGGGAAAACAAAGGUUGUAUUUUGUUCUGCCAAAGCGUGAUAAAAGCCCACAGAGACGAGACAAAUGGCUCGCAGCCGAAGUCGGGGCCGGUGGCAACAAGAGCCGCCUCACGCUGUCUAUGUCGGUGGCGGUUGAGUUCCGCGACUACUUGGGGGACUUCAUCGAACACUACCCCCAGUUGGGUCCCAGUAACCCGGGCAUGGUGCUGGAUGAGCCGCAGCGGGCCCUGAAAAGCGAGUUCUUAGUGCGGGAGAAUCGGAAGUACUACAUGGACAUGAAAGAGAACCAGCGGGGACGGUUCUUGAGGAUCCGACAGACCGUGAACAGGGGGCCCGGCUUGGGGUCAGACCAUCGCGCUCCCGGCGCAGGGACUUAUCGAGUUCCGCGACGCUUUGGCCAAACUUAUUGACGAUUACGGCGUGGACGAGGAGCCCGCGGAGCUGCCGGAGGGCUCGUCGAUGACUGUGGACAACAAGCGCUUCUUCUUCGACGUGGGCUCCAACAAGUUUCUGAGGAUGGUAGCUAGACCACGUGGUAUGGUAUGUACCAGGCAGGUCUUUUGUUUAGUUCUUCAGGAGGUACCUUUCCUGCAUCGCCAUGUGUUUCAUACAUGUAUUUUAUUGUCUUUGUGAUAUUGUUUAUCUCUUUCGAAUCUUUUCUUCAGGCCCUUGAGUCGGUGUUCCGCACAACUCCUGUUAUUCCAUAAACUUGGACUGUCCGCUUU